AUGGCAUCCUCUGUGGCUGGGCUCACUGGUGUCUGCACUAUGAGACAUGGGCAUCCAAGGUUGCUGCCAGGACUCUUGAUGCUGCUGCUGUUGCCAUUGGGAGCUGCAGCCCAGAAACCUAGCGGCUGUGCUCGCUGGUGCCCUCCGAAAUCCACAUGUGUCAAUGCCACCACUUGUCGCUGCUCUCCAGGAUUCAGUACUUUGUCUGGGGAGGUCUUCAGCAGCCCCUUGGAGAGUUGUGAUGACAUUGAUGAGUGUGGACCACCCCCGUUGGUGUCCUGUGGACGGUUAGCAGACUGUCAGAACACAGAGGGGAGCUACCACUGCAUGUGCAGCCCGGGAUACGCACUUGCUUCUGGGGCAACGACGUUCAUGAAUGAGAGUGAGAACACAUGUCGAGAUGUGAAUGAAUGUACCUCGGGGCAGAACCCAUGCCACAACUCCACCCACUGCCUCAACCACAUCGGUGGCUAUGAAUGCCGCUGCCGCCCGGGAUGGAAGCCGGUUCCUGGAUCCCCCAAUGGCCCAAACAGCACCGUCUGUGAAGAUGUGGACGAGUGCAGCUCCGGGAAGCAUACAUGCCAUCACUCCACCUUCUGCAUCAACACUGUGGGCUCCUACAAGUGCCGCUGCCACCAGGGCUGGAAGCCCAAACCUGGAUUCCAGGAUAAGCAACUGAACACCACCUGUGAAGCCCCUGCAGAGAUAUCCUUCCCCAACUGGACCCCACCCCCUGGAAUCAAGAGCCAGAGACUCUCUAAUUUCUUUGAAAGAGUCCAAGAGCUGCACAGAGACUUCAAGCCAGCCUUGGCUCAGGAAACCAUCCAGGACCUAAUACAGGAGGUAGAUGAGCUGCUGGAGAUUCCUGGGGAUCUGGUGGCCCUUCCCCACUCAGAGCAGCAUUGUGUGGCCACUAACCUGCUUGUUGGCCUGGAAGGUGUCCUCAGAAAUGUAAGCCAGGCCCUGCCCAAUGGGCCAUGGACCUUCAAUGCAUCUGCACGCACAGACUUGUCCCUGGAGGUGCAGGAGGAAGGAUACAGAAAUGUCACUUUGAGUCAGAAUCUGGCAAAGAUGAUGCUGAAAUGGGAUGUGGUGCACAAAUCUGGUGACUCAGGUCCUUCUGUGGUGGGCCUCCUCUCUACUCCAGGAAUGGGCAAGUUGCUGGCGGAGGCUUCCCUGGUCCUGGAGCCUGAGAAGCAGGCAGUUCUGCAUGGGGCACCCAAAGGCUUGCCGCAGGGAGUCUCCCCUGUCCUGCUCUCAGACGUCAUCUCUGCGUUUAUGAGCAACAAGGUCACCCAGAAGCUCAGCUCCCCUGUCACUUUCAUCUUCUCUCACCAUUCAGCGACCCACGAGCCAAAACUAAAGGUGUUCUGUGUCUUCUGGGAGCACACUCAAGAUGAAUGUGGUCAUUGGUCCACCAGAGGCUGCACAAUGGUGGACAGUGGAGACACCAGCACCACCUGCCAGUGCACUCACCUCAGCAGCUUUGCCGUCCUCAUGGCCCACUAUGAUGUGCAGGAAGAGGAUCUUGUGUUGCCUGUGAUCACCUAUGUGGGGCUGGGCCUCUCUCUGCUGUGCCUCCUCCUGGCAGCCCUCACCUUCCUGCUGUGCAAAGCCAUCCAGAACACCAGCACCUCCCUCCACCUGCAGCUCUCGAUCUGCCUCUUCUUGGCCCACCUGCUCUUCCUCAUGGCCAUUGACCGGACCGAGAUCAAGGUGCUGUGCUCCAUCAUCGCUGGUGCCUUACACUAUCUCUACCUGGCCUCCUUCACCUGGAUGCUGCUGGAGGGUCUACACCUCUUCCUCACUGCACGCAACCUGAUGGUGGUCAACUACUCCAGUGUGAGCACGCUUAUGAAGAAGCUCAUGUACCCUGUGGGAUACGGAGUCCCGACUUUAAUUGUGGCCAUUUCUGCCGCAUCCAGGCCUCACCUCUAUAGAACACUCACCCGCUGCUGGCUCAACCCAGAAGAGAGAUUUAUAUGGAGCUUCCUUGGGCCAGUCUGCACCAUCUUCUCUGUCAAUUUAGGUUUCUUUCUGAUGACCCUCUGGAUUUUGAAAAGCAAACUGUCUUCCCUCAACAGUGAUGUAUCCACCCUCCAGAACACAAGGAUGCUGACAUUUAAAGCCACAGCUCAGCUCUUCAUCCUGGGCUGCACGUGGUGCCUGGGCAUCCUGCAGGUGGGUCCAGCUGCCCACGUCAUGGCUUACCUGUUCACUAUCAUCAACAGCCUGCAGGGUGUCUUCAUCUUCCUGGUGUACUGCCUCCUCAGCCAGCAGGUGAGGGAGGAAUAUGGAAAAUGGUUCAAAGGAAUCAGGAAAACAAGAGCUGAGUCAGAGAAAUACACACUUUCCAGCAGGGCCAUGUCUGAUGUCAACAAAGCCAUGAUGGUUAAUUAAAAUAUCUGUUAAAUUAUAUCCUCUUAUCCCAUGGAAAAUUGGACCUGUUAAUCUCUGAGCCCUUGAAAGAGGAUAAACAAGACUUCAUUGUGUGUGUAUUUCAAGAAAUUCACCAUGUCAACAGUGUGAAAGAAGUCAAUCUUGCUUGAUACACAAUGCCUGCAAAGUCUGGAAUUUGUGUGCUUAGAAAACUCUCAACAUAUAAAGAGCCAUCUGUGGACCAAUUUCUUGGUCACUUUGUUUACAACCUUUUCUGAAGCCUCUCCUUCCUACAAAGAUGCUUCUAGAUGCUGAACGUCUAUGAGCAGGAAAACCUGCCUCAAUGGAUUUUCCUACCCACAGCAACUAUGAGAAUGGACAUGUUCACCCCAGAGUCUGGAUUUUGAAAUUUCUUUGUUCUGUGUUCUGUGGGCUUAAUUAUUCAUGCUUUCAAAGAUAUUGAUUUCUCACUAGGUCCAAGGGAGUGAUCAUGAAAGACAUAGGUUUAACCUUCAUUGAGAUUUCAGGAGAAAAUAAGUGAUUUUUGCAGCUAUAGUGGACUCAGAGACUGAAAGAUUCCUAUAAAUCUUGUCUCUAAAUCUGGAUAACUUAAGUAUAGACCAUUUCAGUCACCAUCUUGUUUUAUCCUCAUAGAUGAUAUAAAUGGAAAACUCUGAUCAUGAUAUGUAUAUUUUGGGCUUUGUGGGCUAGUGUAUUAGUCACUACAUUAGUCACAUUAGACAUUAGUCAAGGUUAUCCAGAGAAAUAGAACCAACAGGACACACAUGUUUUUAUGAAGGGAUUUAUAAUGAGGUAUUGGCUCACAUGAUUAUGGAUUUAAGUCCCAUAGUCUGUUGUCUGCAAGCUGGAGACCCAGGAAAGUUAGUGGUUUAGUUUAAAGGCCUGAGAGCCUGAGAGCUGAUGGUGUAGAUUCUACACUGUGUCUGAAGUCCUGAGAUUUGAGUCUGUUGAUUGUAGAAGAUGUAUGUCCCAGUCAAUUUACCAGACUGAAUUAACUCAAACUUCCUCCACAUUUAAAAAAAGAUUUAGGGGAUCCCUGGGUGGCUCAGGGGUUCAGCGCCUGCCUUUGGCCCAGGGUGUGAUCCUGUAGUCCCAGGAUCAAGUCCCACGUUGGGCUCCCAUCAUGCUUUUCCUUCUGCCUGUAUCUCUGCCUCUCUCUCUCUCUCUUUCUAUCAUGAGUAAAUAAAUAAAAUCUUAAGAAAAUAAAAAUAAAAAAAUUUAUUCAGGCCCUCAAGGGAUUGGAUGAUGGCCAUCCACAUUGGAGAGGGGCUUCUGUUUUAUCUAGUCCACCAAAAUGGUAAUCCUUUCUUGAAAACCUGUACAGAUGCACCCAAAAUUCAUGUUAACCAGCUAUCUGGCAACUUUUGGCCUAGUUGGGUUGACAUAUAAAAUUAACCAUCUCUGCUACGAUCUGUAGCAACAAUUUAAUUGCCAUUAUAGCAUGAAAACUGCUGUAGACACUCAGAAAUGACGAU